UUUUGACCGAUGUCUUCGUUCCCGUCAGUUGUCCUAAACACAGGACAUCAGAUGCCCGUCCUGGGUUUGGGGACCUACAAGCUGUGUGGACCUGAGGAAGUAUUUCAGGCGGUGGAUGCUGCUCUGGCUGCUGGAUACAGGGCUUUUGACAGUGCAGCUGUCUACCGCAAUGAAGUGGACUUGGGUAAAGCCUUGCGAGAACUCCUACCCAAACACGGCUUGACCAGGGAGGAUGUAUUCAUAACAAGUAAGCUGGGCCCUAAGGAUCAGGGUGAGAAGGCCAUGGAAGGCGCCCUCCACAGUUUGUCUCAGCUGAACUUGGGUUACAUUGAUCUCUAUCUUAUCCACUGGCCUGGUACACAAGGACUGCCAGUCACCGACCAACGCAACCCAGGUAACCGAGCUCAGAGUUGGGUCGCACUGGAGGAGCUGCACGGUCAGGGGAAGCUGAGGUCCAUCGGAGUGUCCAACUACACACCGGCUCACAUGAGAGAGCUGAUGCAAAGCUGCAAAGUUCCUCCUGCUGUUCUGCAGGUAGAGUUUCACCCACAACUCUGCCAGCCAGAGCUGAGGAGUUUAUGUAAGGAGUAUGGAGUGUGCUUUCAGGCGUACUCCUCCUUAGGAAAAGGAGAGCUGCUCACUGACCCUCUAAUCAACGAGGUGGCAAACGACUGCAAACGUACACCUGCACAGGUUUUGUUGCGAUGGGCGGCGCAGCAGGGCGUUCCUGUGCUCCCCAAAUCAUCCGAUCCAGACAGAAUUGAGAAGAACGCAGAAAUCUUUGAUUUCACUCUGAGCGACACAGACAUGGACAGGCUGUCGGCUUUGGACUGUGGACACAACUUCUGCUGGGAUCCAUCAGAGGUGGCCUAAAGCUUC